AUCAGAAACAACAGAGCAAGGUCAACAGUCUGACGUCAAAAACAGCGUCUCUAGAAUCACAGGUGCGAAACCACACUAAUGAAAUAAACGGUCUCCAAACCAGAUUGCUGAUCGAGCAGUCUAAAGUGAGUAAGGUGGACAAAGAUAUCACAGUCGUGCACGAUGCUCUUGCACAGUUUAGGAAAACAACCCUGCCCAAAAUGAACCAAAUAGACAGUGAUGUCCAGAAACUGACAACAAACUUGACCACCAUCGAUGCAAGUGUCAAGAGAGUAGCAAAGACGGCCUUUAAUUUGGUGAUGCAAGUAGGACAAGAUAGUGCUAAACUUACAAGCUUAGACACACAGUCAAACCAGCUGAAGACAGACGUUAAGAAAAUAGAGACUGAUCUAACAUCACAGAAGAACGAAAUAAGGAACAUCCAGAGCGGAAUGACUUCAUUGAAAAAUGCCAUACCUCUAGCUGAGCUAACACAGAUGAACAAUAGCGUUCUUGACGUAUUAAAUGCAGUGUCUACUGGAAAAACACCAACCAAAAAGCAGCUUCAAGACCUUACACAGGCUAUAACUGCUAUCAAAAAUAAACUUGGAUCAAUCAGCACUGGUCCCUCGUCCGGAUAAGUGUCGACUGAUGAAUAUUGUAUAAGAAGUGGUAUACCUAGCUUUAAAAGGAGACAAUUUGUUUAAUUUAUUACUACAUAUAUUGUUGUCAAAAUUAUUACACAGAGUUAGACAAGGGAUUUUUUUUUCGUUGUCUCAAAAACUGGUUUAUCACCGCAAUUUGAAUUCUUUGGGCAUUUAAAGAAUAAUGUAAGAAUAAUUCCGAUUGUGACCAAGGGGAUAAGGAUUUAUUUCAAUAUAAUUUGAAACUUUGACAGAUAACUCUUCAUUUUGAUGUAUAAAAAUACUACUGCUGAAUGGCUGAUGUGACCCUAUUUAUUGAACAAUAAGCUAAAACUUGAUACUUAACAUUCUCUUGAAAAUAUUUCAGCAGAAAUACUUUAACGGUUAUCUGUAUUCGAUUUUUUCAUGAUUGAAUGCAAUUUAGAUUUUUGCAACCUUCGUUGGGAGAAGAUUACAGUAUAUAAUUUGUCGAUGAGUCUUUAAACCAAUUAUGCCUGUAUCAUUUUGAUAAACAGUUUUUUCUCAUGUUUCAUUAAAAAAGAAGCCAUAUAAAUGGUAUUGUUUCUUCGUUUGAUU